GUUUUAAGGCCGGCGGUAAUAAAAAUCAUAUAUUUGUGUACUCUUUGUAUUAAAUUGCCUCUUUAGCAUUUGAAAUAAAAUAGAAGGGAAAUAUAUUCAUUUAUUAUCGAUGAAUCGGUAAGCAUCGACAUCAACGAAAAAAAACAUCUGGAAAAUUACCCCCACUACCAACUUACAUUGUGAUUUGAACCUGAAUAUCACAGUUUUACAUGUUUCAUCCGAAAACUCCAUUUUGGGGGAAUCCCCUCAUAGAGGGCGAAAUUCUAAACGUGAAUUCGGCUUCACUUGCUCCAAUACUGGAGUGGCUCUGCCAUACGCCCAAAGUUACUACGUACCGCGUGAAUACUCUUAGUUGCUCCGUUGAUACGUUCCGAAAAAAAUUGGAGGAAAAAAUAGCGGCGCGCUACGGUCAGAAAUCUCCAAAGGUUUAUGGAUUGCCGAACCUACCUGAGGUUUUGUGCAUUGAACCGCUAAGUAUGCAGCUCAAUAAGCCCUCCAUCGAUCCCACACUUAAGGAGAUCGUAGUGGACACCAGUUGCGGAGCUGCGUUAUUGCGAGGUGCCCACAUUUACGCUCCCGGCGUCCUAGCCAUGGAAUCCAACGCUCAGCUGCAAGAAAAUGUUAACGUUUACGCAGAUCUGACAGGAAAAUGUAAGCGCGGAACGAUCACUCGCUACGAGAGCCCGGAAAAAAUCUUUCUCGGGACCGGAAAAGUCCUUAUGCAGCGCUACCAGUUGUUCAACAACUCAGACAAGCCGCCCACAGGUGUUGCUGUGGAAAUGCAAACAAACGUCAGUGGUGUGCCCUCGCUGGGGGAUCUGAGCAGCGAAGAGGCCCUCCUUCAGAAUCUGCCCUCCAUUGUGUGCGUCCGCGUAUUGAAUCCGCAGUCUGGCGAAUGUAUCUUGGAUAUGUGCGCCGCUCCCGGCAACAAGACGAGUCAUAUAAUCGAAUUAAUGGGCGACAAUGGAAUUGUGGUGGCCUUGGACAACUCAGCAAGUCGCGUUCGCAGCAUGCUGCCAAAGUUUAAACACUACAAAAGCGUUACGGCGCACGUGUUUGAUUCCACUAGGGCUGUAGCAUUUGACGCUACACAUACUGACAAAUUCUCUAGGCCUCCGUUUCCUUCUGCCAGUUUCGACCGAAUUUUGUUGGACGCACCAUGCAGUGGACUGGGCAACCGCCCUCAGCUAUCCUGCAACAUAAAGCACGUUAAGGUAUUGCAGUCGUAUCCUAAUAUCCAGCGCCGGCUAUUCGGUCAAGCAGUACAGCUCCUGCGCCCUGGCGGCAUACUCGUGUAUAGCACUUGCACUGUCACAGAGACCGAGUGUGAAUGCAUGGUGGCCUGGGCGCUAAAGAAGUUUUCUAAUCUUCGUUUGGUGGAUGCCACUCCUCGGUGGGGCGGUCCAGGACUUCCGCUUCCCGAUUUGGAUGCGUCACAGUCGCAAUUGCUGCAGCGCUUCGGACCGAGCGGGGAAAAUGCAGACACAGUCGGCUUUUUUAUUUCGAAGUUUCAGAAAGAUAGUGAAUAAAGUUGACUCGAUAUAA